CAAAAGUGCUUCACACAGAAAGAGAAGUCUUAUCCAGCAGGAUAAUGCUCCUGAAUUCCAAUAACUAACUGUGCUUAGAGGAUGCCUCACCCUCUGCCCUCUGAGCACCUGUCAACUUUUCCAAAACUGCGGCCGUCACUGCGGAAACUCUCCGCGGCCGGGAUAGAAAAGAGCGUCGGGGCGGGUUCCCCUCUGACAGAGCCCUGAGAGAGGACCGAGGCGCCGCUACCGCUGCUGCACUGACGACCGCGGAGACGCUCAGACGCGACGGCAGCAUGGACCGACAGCAGAGCAACCUGGAGCGCUUCCUCAAGCUGGGGUACUCCCAUGAGGACAUCGUGCGGGUGCUGGAGAGCCUUCGCUACGACGCCCAGACCAACGACAUCCUGGAGGAGCUGAUCAAGACCUGCCGCGGCGGCGGGUCACCGCUGAACCCCCGACCGGGCCGCUCCAGCCCCCAGCUCCAGCUGGUCCCCCGGGGGUGCAGCCCCCCGCAGCCUCCCAAACCCAGCCCCACCCUCCAGGAGGAGGAAAAGGAUCCCGGCGGGGGGUUCAGACCCAUCGUGAUCGACGGGAGUAACGUGGCCAUGAGCCACGGUAACAAGCAGGUGUUUUCGUGCCGCGGGCUGCAGCUGGCGGUGAGAUGGUUUUGGGAAAGGGGCCACCGCGACAUAACGGUGUUCGUGCCCCUGUGGAGGAAGGAGCAGCCGCGACCUGAGGCCCCCAUUACAGACCAACACAUUCUCAACGAGCUGGAGGAGAGGAAGAUCCUGGUGUUCACCCCUUCGCGUUGUGUCAAAGGGAAGAGGGUGGUUUGCUACGACGACCGCUACAUCGUCAAGCUGGCCUACGAGUCUGACGGCAUCAUCGUCUCCAACGACAAUUACCGUGACCUGCAAAACGAGAAACCGCAGUGGAAGAAGUUCAUUGAGGAACGGCUGCUGAUGUACACCUUCGCCAAUGACAAGUUUAUGCCUCCUGAUGAUCCACUGGGAAGGAACGGCCCGACAAUAGACAACUUCCUGAGAAAAAACCCCAAGAUCCCUGCACACAAACGCCAACACUGCCCCUAUGGAAAGAAGUGCACCUACGGGGUAAAGUGCAAAUUCUACCACCCAGAGCGCAGCCAGUCUCAGCUGUCUGUCGCCGACGAGCUCCGCGCCAAGAACAAGCUGGCGUCCGGCCGGGACCAGCUGGCCGAGGCGCGGUCCCGUUCCCCCGCCCACGGCAGCCCUCCCCGGAUACUCAUCACCGUGGCGCCGUUCGGCGAGCAGAGACAGAGCAGCGCCUCGUACGGCUCCCUCCCUCCCACAACUGCCCCCCCUCAGCAGGACGACACCCCCAGGAGGUUCUCCCCCGGGCUCGACAGCCCCAGAGAAACGGGGAGCCCGACCCACCUGCGGAAAUCCCCCACCUGCCUGAGCACUGAGGUCGACGAGGCUUUCGGGUCGCUGGAGGCCUCCGUGUCCCGGCUGAGCAUCCAGGACGCGGGACACAUGCAGGGGCCUUCGUACCCCUACAGCAGCGGGGCGGCGCUCUCCGGCCAGUGCAACGGCAGCAGCGGUGGCGGCAUCGACUACUUCCUGCCUGCCUCUCGCUGCCGCUACCCGCCGCGGUCAGGCGGGAGCGGGUUCGGCUCUCACCGGCUGAGCAGCUGCGAGCCCCUCCAGCACUCGGACUGUUCGGCCUCCAGCCUCCAGGAGGCGCACUGCCGCUGCCAGCGCCACCGCGAGCACAGUACCUACAGAGCCACGGCGUACGAUGGCGACGAGCCCUGCUUCCGCCAGCGCCUCCAGCCGGACGCGGACAUUUACGGCCUGGGCUGGGGGCAGAGGCAGCCCAUGGUGGGGGGGAUCGCUAGCGGGGCCGCGGGCUUGCUGGGAGAGCGGAGAGGUUCCGUCAGAACCCAGCUCUGCACCAUCUUCCCCCAGGCCACCGUCGACCACGUCAUGGGGCUGUACCCGCACACGCUGGACACAGGCGAGCUGGUCUCGCUCAUCCACAAGCACAGAACCAACCACAUACGCUUCUAGCUUAGUCGAGCCCCCCUUUCAGCAUUAUCGCCGGUCUCCCCGGCCCCGCAGAGGGAGACCCGCUAUUAGAAUGUAGCAGACGAUAGAGUGCUUUUUGGCAAAUUUCGUAGUGCGGUGCAAUAUUACCUCAGGUAGUGAUGGCUGAGUAUUUCAGUGUGUCAGCCAAGCAUGCUGAAACGGCCUGCA